GUGUCUCCACAUUCCUGUAUCAACCGGCGGUAGCGGCUCCCGGAUUCCAGAUACAACAGUCAAGAAGUUGCAGUUUGGGGAUAAAUCCAGUGCGGAAGCCGUGAUACAUCUCUAAAAGUUCAAAAUGCAAUAUUUUCUUCUCCAGUCCAUUGUUCGAUUUUUGUUUGCCUUUUUGGUCUUAACUGUAAUGGUUGUGAACGCCAAACCACCUCACUUCGCAGAGAAUAGUCAAAACUAUAAUGAACAGGACCAAGCAACAAACAAUAUGAUCGAUUCCGGCUUGAAACCCUGGCAAUUGGAAAUUCUUGCUCAGAGAAUGGCCGAAUUAAAUCAACUUAGCCAACUGAAUAAUAUUAAUGGACCUGAAUAUGGAACAUUCGAUCGAGCCCUGAGAAGCGGCAACGAGAUGAAACGUCAAAGUCGUCUACGCCUCUGCUACUUUAACCCCGUUUCAUGCUUCAGAAAGUAACCAGUUUCAUUUAAUCGAAGAAAACUUAUCAAGAGAAUAUUAUGAUUUUUUUUUCACCAAACAUAAUAUAAAACCAAACAAUUUAUUUUUUAAUGAAAUACAAAAAUGUACAUCGACCAUUUUCAUUGACUAUAUUUUUGUUGCCUGAUUAAAACCCUUUGUGGGGUAUAUUUUCAAUAUGAUCACUCUUACAAACUCUGUGUAAGUUAAAUAAAAAAUAUUGGGGUAAUUAUUGUGCAAACAAAUAAUAUUUAGAAAUAUAUAUGUAGCUAUUAUAUAAACGUAAAAGAAAUAAUAUAUAUGAUAAAAAUAAAUUUUGGUUUGUAAAAGUUAUAUAUUUCAAUGUAUUUAAUUAUAAACAUAACCACAAAGUUCCUUUUAAAAGUAUUUUAAUAAAAAUCUAAUUAUGCAUCUCUUUAUAUUUAAUUGUAGCCCAAAAAACUAAUAAAGCCGUCA